AUGGCAAGGACGUCACGAAUUUCACUCAACGGCACGCCAAAUGGCCUCAACGGUCAUGCCCAUGAAGUCAAAGAGCAUGGUGGGCAUCCCAAUGGCGCUGCCAAUGGAACCUUCGAGUCAAGCUACACUGGAAGUACAGAUCUCGAGCGCUGGCGGCUGCUGGAUGAGCGAGGCCGUCAGACUUGGCAUUACUUGCACUCUGCUGAAGACGUAAAAAGAUGGCCUCAGACCGUGGCUGAUAGAUACCACCUGGGUUUGCCAUUGCAUCUACCCACACUUCCCCGAGCUACGACCCCCCACACGUCGGCGCAAAAUGGACUCUCCUUCUUUUCCAAACUGCAGCUAGGACCUGGCAAUUGGGCCUGUGAAUAUGGAGGGCCAAUGUUCCUGUUACCGGGCCUUGUGAUUGCCUGGCACGUCACUGAGACUCCAAUACCCUUACCAGUAAGAAUCGAAAUAAAGAGAUACCUUUUCGCACGACAGAAUGCGGAAGAUGGGGGCUGGGGCUUGCAUAUCGAGGGAGAGAGCACUGCGUAUGGCACAUCGAUGACCUAUGUCAUACUGCGGCUAUUAGGUGCCACUGAAGAAGAUCCAAAAAUGAUCAAAGCAAGAGCAAUGCUACACAAGCUGGGCGGUGCAAUCUAUGCGCCACACUGGGCAAAGUUUUGGUUGAGCGUCCUGGGCGUGAUGGAGUGGGAAGCUGUCAAUCCCAUUCCCCCCGAGCUCUGGCUACUGCCGGACUGGGCUCCAAUCGCUCCAUGGAGAUGGUGGAUACACAUGCGUCAAGUCUUUCUACCUAUGUCCUUUGUCUACUCAAAGCGCUUCGUCUACCCCCAGUCACCAUUGAUACUCCAGCUCCGCAAAGAGCUGUACACACAGUCAUACCAGACCAUCGAUUUUCCCUCUCACCGUAACUCGAUAUCACCUCGGGACGAUUACCAUCCCAAAUCGUUAUUAUUGCGAAUCCUUUUCUGGGUCCUGGCCACGAUCUGGUUCCCCUUAUUACGGCCUAAUUGGCUCAAACGCAGAGCUGAGGCUUGGACGCGAGACCUCAUACGACGAGAAGAUGAAAAUACAGACUACGCGGACUUGGCCCCGGUCAGUGCACCUAUGAACACUUUGGCUUGCUUCAUACAAGACGGCCCCAAUAGCGAUACGUUUGAAAAACAUAUAGACCGGCUGCGCAAUUAUUUGUGGAUGAAGAAUGAGGGCAUGUUAUGUAACGGCACAGACGGCGUCCAAAGCUGGGACACUUCCUUUGCGAUUCAGGCCGUGUAUGAAGCUGGCCUAGCUGAAGACCCUAAGUGGAUCCGGAUGCUGCAAAAGGCGCUGGAGUUCCUGGAUGAUCAGCAGAUCCGACACAAUUGCUUGGACGAAGACGUCCGCUACAGACAAAGGCGAAAGGGUGCUUGGGCAUUCAGCACAAGGAAGCAAGGGUACACAGUCAGUGAUACGACAAGUGAAGCUUUGAAAGCGGUCAUGAUGUUGCAAAACCUCCCGUCUUAUCCUACCUUAAUAUCAGAAGAUCGCCUCAAAGACGCUAUCGACACGCUCCUUACUAUGCAAAAUCCUUCCGGCGGCUUCGCCUCUUACGAGCCACAGCGUGCGUCUGAGCUUACCGAAUGCUUGAACGCAGCUGAGGUGUUUGGUCGCAUCAUGGUUGAGUACGAUUAUCCAGAAUGCAGUACCGCAGUGGUGACAGCACUCCGCUUGUUCUCCGAACAUCACCCUACUUACCGCCGGCAUGAGAUCGACAGUGCCCUUCAAGGUGCUGUACGGUAUAUUCGGAAAGCUCAGCGUGCAGAUGGAUCUUGGUAUGGAAGCUGGGGCAUCUGCUUCACAUACGCUGGUAUGUUUGCACUAGAGUCGCUAGCGUCGCUAGGGGAGACCUACGAAAACAGCAUCAACGCCAAAAAAGGAUGCGAUUUUCUUCUCAGCAAGCAGCAAGAAGACGGCGGCUGGGGCGAGAGCUACAGAAGCUGUGAGACUGGUGUUUAUACGCACCGAGAAAGUCAAGUCGUCAUGACGAGCUGGGCUGCCAUUGGUCUAAUGAACGCGGAAUAUCCUGACCGAGAGCCUAUCAAGAAAGCAAUCCAGUUGAUCAUGACCAGGCAGCAAGCAAACGGAGAGUGGUUGCAGGAGGGUAUCGAAGGAGUGUUCAAUAAGAGCGUCUGGACGCUCCAAGCCAACGUCCUCAUCAAGGCCAAGACCUGGAGCCAGACGAGUGAGCAAGGUUACAGCGGCCUGAAGAUGCUGUGGCUGGCUUUCUCAUACACUUUGUUUAACAUGAUCCACACACCACGAGUCGCCAAAACGCCAAUAGCCUCCAGAAGUCGAAGUACGAUGCUUAUUCCCUACGGCCUACUGAUCCCUCUUUGGGCAUGUAUUCAAUUGUCGAGCUCACUACCCCUCACCCAAACCUUCACGAAUGAUACGACAUCGAGGCAUGUUGCAUCCUUGCUAAACGCAAAACCCUUCUUCAGCAGCUCUCUUGGCUCUUUGCAAGCCAUCACCGCCAAAGAGCUCCCAAUACUUGACACGUUAUCAGUGCAACGUAUCGUCCUCGAACCUGGCGCGAUCCGCGAGCCGCACUGGUACACAAACUGCAACGAGGUAGCCUACGCCAUCACUGGCAAACUCCUUGUCACCAUCUUCGGCAACGUCGACACCUUCUCCAGCUUCACAAUUGACGCCGGCCAAAUGUUCUACACGGAGUCAGGCUACCUCCAGGCCAUCGAAAACGUCGGCGACGAGACCGCCGUCAUCAUCACCAGCCCCCGCAGCAGCCUCCCCGUCGACAUCUCCCUCUCCGCUACCUUCGGCUCCCAAACCGACGCCGUCCUCGGCAACACCUACAACGACACCUCAUCCUUUUGGUCCCCCAUCGCCCGCACUUCCGCCCCAAAUUGGAUCGUCAAGCGUAACGGGCCCCCGUCAAUCCCCUCCACCGCCGGUCUUCCCGACCCACGCAAAUUCGACAUCGAAGCACAACGCGCACCAAUCGACUUCCCCUACGGCACCGCAAAACUAGCACGCUCCCAAUACUGGCCCGCGCUCGAAGAUCUGGCCUUCUACUCCCUCCGCGUCACGGACGAAGGUAUGCGCGAAGUCCACUGGCAUCCUACGACUGUGGAACUCGGCUAUGUCAUCAAAGGCAGCGCGCGUAUGUCCAUCAUGGAUCCCGACGGCUCCGUCGAUACUUAUGUCUUGAAGCCUGGGGAUAUGUAUGCUGUGCCGGUCGGGUAUCCGCACCAGAUUGAGGAUCUUGGCGGGGAGGAAAUCCAUUUUGGGAUUUUCUUUAGUCAGAGCACGGUGGGUGAUGUUGGGCUCAAGGCUGUGGGGACGGCGUUGUCGAGGGAGAUGCUGGCGAGCACGUUGGGGGUUGAGGGGGGUGUGUUGCCGGAUCUGCCGUUUACGCCCGCGGAUCCGCUGAUUGUGCAGAGGGUUAAUCCGGUGGAUCCGGUUAGGGUUGCGAAGUAG